AUGGCUCAUGUUCGAGGCAUUCACGAGUCCCUGUGGACGGAGCGACAGGAGACAUCUCCGUGCGCAGCGGCGCUCGACCGGAAGUUGUUCUCCAUCAGCAACCAGUGCUCGGUGGUCCUCGAGUCGCCCGGCACCAUUGCCAAUUUAACCGGAAAUAAGUGCACCAUGUUUGAAGUGUUUUACCAGUGCAGCUAUAACUAUAUACCAUCAAGUUUGCGGUAUAUUGAGUGUGAACGUCAACACACGGAAUUACGUAAAGUAGCGUACAAUAACGUCGCGAACGUGGCGAGCAACGUCAACAACGUUCCCUUACUGUCAGACUUCACAGACUGCGUGGAUCGGCCGGUGGUGACUCCUGGUGACGUUUGUAACAGCCCCGAUAAGCUGCUGGCUAUCGUGGACACGCGCUGCUACCGGAAGUUCCGUCUCCUUACUGAUUCCAACGUCUGUCAAAUUCUCAGUGAGUUUGUAUACGAGUGCAGUCCGUUGGUUCUCGGCCAGCUAGGAAUUACAUGCGCAGACGACAGUGUUAUGCACGCACUGACAACGCUCUCUGACGUCAUCAAACAAGCAUACUACUUGGAUGUUGGAAAGUUGCAAGCAGAGAACGAAGGGAAAUGUAUAGAUAAAUCACGAUUGCAGCAGGCAGGAACGUUGUGAACGGAUGACAUACUGUGACUUGCUAGAAGCAUAAAGCAUUUACAUUUGCUCAAAAAUAGUGCCCAUCUACUCCAUGUAUCGACGUGUUC